AUGGCAGCUGCGCAAUCUAAUAAAAGUUUUUCCAAUGAACCUCUGUUUUUAUAUCAACGGGGUAGCGCUCAAAAUAUGGAAAUGAUAAUUCAAAAUUACUCUUUACAAUUUAUUUCAAAUGAUCAGUCACCUCUUAUUUAUUGGCCUUACUAUUUAAUUAAUUCGCAGGAAG